AUGCAUUAUCUUAUACAUAUACCUGAUGAAAUUGAACAUGUGCUGGAACCUUCUGAGUUCUCCCAGCAGCCCUUGACUAAUUACCUGUAUAGUGGUGAUGUUGUUGGAUUAGGCGAUCACAAUGUUGAUUUGCACAGCCAUCCAUAUUUUGGCAUGAUAGCUCAAGCUGCUAGUGUUGAUCAACUGGCACAGCCAUGUAAAGGAAGCAGUCAUGUUAGGCAUGUGGAGAUUCAUGGCAUAAUUUACAAGCCAGGAUGUGCUCUGCGACUGCAGGAAAUGGAUGAGAUUGGUGAGAGAGAUUAUCCAGUUUAUGGUGAGGUGGAAGAAAUCGUUGUUUGGGAAGAUAGAAAAUUUUUUUGUUGUUCGAGUUUUGGAGACAUCUGCUUUCCACAGACAUUUUAUGUACUACCAAGUUCAUAAAACUAAUGAAAGGCUUGUUGUACGUAGUAAUUCAAAACUUACCCUGGCAUGGGGUUUUGCAUAUUAUUAAAUCUAAUGGAAAAU